UUUGGUCAUGUUCCAUUUGCACUGAUCGGGUUGGACGGAUUGGUCGGGUUGUUAUUUGUUAACCAAGUCCCUCAAGUUGUGCUCCCGUUGCCUCCCGCUUUCGUACGCUUUUCCCCAGUCUACUCUAACUAGAGGGCGGGAUAGAGACCGUAUCGUGGCCGCUGAACAUGGGUUUGUAGUUUACAGUUUGCGUUUACCCGUUUGCGUUGAAAUGAUGAUCGGCGAUUUAGGUCAUUCAUGCUCACGUAAUUAAUUAGAUGCAGAUAGUAGCGCAUUUUGGCUGCGUUUUAAUCAUAUUCUACUGGCAAUCAUUAAAUGGAACUGGUAAGUAGGGUUUGAUUAUUCUUUUCUGUCGAGUCCAUGAUUCUUGUUCAGAUUGGGUCUCAGAGAGUAAUAAACAGAGUUGGAUUAAGCUUUGAAGGAAAGUUUUUUAGGGGUUUAGAAACUUUAGAUUUUCUUAUGUGACAAAUAAAUUAAUGGAAGGAAAAUCAUCAUCGGGUGCCGCUGAUAUGAUGCCAAGCGCUUCUUAUGGUUUUCUAGACUUGCAGGGAUCUAUGCAACUUCAUCACCCGCGAAACCCACUAGCGCAACAGACUUCUUCUAUGAUGCAUUCCCAAAUCCAAGACUCUUUCAAUCUCAGGGCAGGGAACAUACAAGAACCUGAUCAACCUAUUACAUCUCUUGAAUACUGUAAGGGCGAGAGGGGGAAGAACUCAUUGAGUGAUGAUGAGGAGAUGAAUUGUGCAGAAGAAGGCAUUGAUGGGCGUAGUGAAGUGGGAAAGGGGAAAAAGGGUUCCCCGUGGCAGCGAGUGAAGUGGACUGAUAAAAUGGUGAUGCUUUUGAUUACUGCUGUUUCUUAUAUUGGAGAGGAUACUGCUUCCGAUGUCACUGGUGGGGGAAGGCGGAAGGCUUGUCUAUUGCAAAAGAAGGGGAAAUGGAAAACUGUUUCAAAGGUGAUGGCCGAGAGGGACUAUUAUGUAUCACCUCAACAAUGCGAGGACAAGUUUAAUGAUUUGAACAAAAGGUAUAAGAGACUUAAUGAUAUUCUUGGGAGAGGCACUUCCUGCAAGGUUGUUGAGAACCCUGCACUUUUAGACUUGAUGGACCUAUCUGAGAAAUGUAAGGAGGAUGUGAGAAAGAUACUUAGCUCAAAACAUCUGUUUUAUGAGCAAAUGUGCUCAUACCACAAUGGAAAUUGUUUGCAUCUUCCUCAUGAUCCUGACCUCCAACGAUCCUUGCAGUUGGCUCUUAGAAGUAAAGAUGAUUGUGAACCGCAUGAGUUGAGGCGGCACAAAGUUGAUGACUUUGAUAAUGAGGAUCAAGAUGCUGAAACUGAUGAUCAUGAUGAUGAAAUGGAGGAGGAUCGUGCUUUGUAUAAGGAUAAUGCUGGCACGUUCAGUUUUCCAGGAGCUUAUGCAAAAAAGAUUAAACAAGGGGAGGAUUAUGAAGAGGGUUUUGGAAAUGCUGUUAAUUUUUUGGACUGUACUAAAAGAUCUGAUUUAUAUCCCCAGAAUGAUUGCACCAAUGUGGAUCAAGGUUUCCCUGAGAGUAACAAGGCAGAUUGGUCACAGGAGCAAUGGAUGUUAUGUCGCCCACUGCAGUUGGAAGAGAAGAAGUUACAGAUACAGGCACAGAUGCUUGAGUUGGAGAAACAGCGGUUCUUGUGGCUUAGGUUUAGCAGGAAACAUGACAGGGAACUGGAUAAGAUGAGGUUGGAAAAUGAGUGCCUAAAGCUUGAAAAUGAGCGCAUUGAAUUAGAACUUAAGCAGAUGGAAAUGAAUGCCACUUAUGGCUGAAUGGUGAAAAGAAAAUUCUUAUGAUAACUGUUUGCUGUUUUUGUUUAGUCCAAGCCUGUGUAUAUAUGUGGUUUAGACAUCUCUCUGUUUGUAUCUUUGUCAUGUGCAUUGAGUGGGCUUAGUUGUAAAUUUUCACUUUGCCUAAUGAUAAUUUAUGACAUUGCCUCA